CCUGUGAGCAGGGGCUGGGCACAGCCACGCUGCCUGAGGAUGUCAUCUGUAAAGUGCACUUGAAGAGCUUCGUGGAGCAGCAGGGCUUGGUGGGCUACGACCCCAACCUGGAUGUCCUUCUCGUGACGGAGGGGAAGCUGCGGUCCCUGGCUGAGCUGCAGCAAGCCGUUCUGCAGUGCAUGGGGAGCUGCUGCAGCAUUGUGCAUGUGGUGAGCUGCGAGGAGGAAUUCCAGCAGCAGCAGCUGGAUCUGCUCUGGAGGAUUUUGGAUCCAGGAGCACACACAGCAUUGCAGAAACACCUUGUCUGUGGGCCAGUGAAGGUGACAAACCCCUCAUCGCCCAUCGGGGCAGACCAGUACUUCCAGCUCCGAAAGCGCCAGAUGUGUGAAGCCUCUGUGAUGAAGUACGGGGAGCUUGCGCAAGAUGAGGCCUGGACUGAGGUGAUUGAUACCCUCACAGUGGCUGCCAUCAGGUUUGAGAUGCUGAGCACUGCUCACCAGAGUCAGCUCACACUGGACCUGGAGGACAGCAGCAUCUCCACGAAGGGAACCAAGAGCGGCGCCUUCGUGAUGUACAACUGUGCCCGGCUGGCCACGCUCUUUGACACCUACCAGCGGGCUGUGGAGCGGGGCACAUACCCGCCUCUGCCACCAGCGUCAGAACUGAACUUCUCCUGCCUCCGGGAAGAGGGCGAAUGGCUCCUGCUCUUCAACUAUCUCCUGCCCUUCCCUGAAGUCCUGCAGCAGGCAGCACAGCUGCCCACACCCACCAAGGGGAUCCGGAUCACAGCCAACACAGAGACAGUGUGCAAGUUCCUGAUCCAGCUCAGCAUGGAUUUCAGCUCCUACUACAACCGGGUCCACGUCCUGGGGGAGCCAUUCCCUCACCUCUUCGACCAGAUGUUUGCCCGCCUCCAGCUGCUGGGAGCAGUGAGGGAUGUGUUCCACAGCGCACUGGCGACUCUGCACCUCCCUCCUCUCAGCCAGAUCUGAGCCACCACUGAAGAGCCGUGCCACUGUGUGACAGGCACCAGGACAACGUGCCACGGAGGGGAAGGACAGGGCACGUCCUCCCUGGCAGGGCAAGCGGGCUGCCCAACAGUCAGGCAGGGAGCCAGGGCACACCUCAGCCCCAUGCAGGUGCUUCCCCUCCCGCUGCCACAUUUUGAG